AUGUUGAAAAAGUCGAGCUUCACGACCGUCACCCCUCUGCCGGCGGGCAUGACGCGCCAGGCCGCCGUCGCCUUUCUGCAGGACCACCCGGCCAUGGUCGACCUGAACCCGCUCGUGACGGACCGGCAGCGCAUCCCGCCGCCGUCGAGCGCGCCGGCCGACGAGCGCGCCUGCGUGUGGUACCUCGUCACCGACAGGAUCGCCUACCUGCCCGGCGGGCUCGCCAGCGGCUCCGUCAGCUACCGGUGCGCGUUCCUGGACCUGGCGGACGUCGGGCUGCAGACGCACUGCUACGCGCCCAUGGGCGUGGACCUGCGCACGCGGUGGUCCGUCGGGGGCAGCGCGCCCGGCGAGCCGCGCGAGCGCGCCGAGCUGGGCAUCGGCGCGCCGCCCUCGGGGCUGUACCUGCGCGAGGACACGGAGCUGCGGUGCAGCGUCGUCCUGGCCGCGUUUGUCAAGAGGACGCUCAAGGAGUCGCACAAGCGGCUCGUCGAGAGCCUGACGCGGCGCGGCGCGCGCGAGGCGCAGGAAAAGACCGACAGGGAGCGGCUGCUCCUGGGCAUCGAGCGGGACGAGGAGGAGGCCCGGCGGGGCGUGGAGAGAGAGCACAAGAAGAAGCACAGGGCCAGCAGCUACUACGUGCAAAGGGAGGCCGAGGCGGACCGUCGCGCUGCGGCGGCGACUGCAACGCAGGCCGUGGAAUGCCCGAGGAAUGCAAACAGUCAGCGAUACUACAGCCACAGGGAAGAGGAGCAGGGUCACGCGUCGCAGGAUGGCCGGACGUCGUUGCAUGGCAUGCAUGUCGGUGGUGGGAUCGGCAAUAGCUACGGCGGAUAUCAGCAGCAGCAAAACAAAGCACAGCCGCAGUACCUUGAAGCGGGUGUAGGUCGCGAUGCAGCCGAGCUGCCAUAG